AUUAUAAUAGCGCAUGGGUUUGCAUCACAUUUCAUACGAGGCAAGGUCAACACGGAUCAAACCAUUAAUUUACCUUCAUACACAUGAUCUACUUGUAUGAAUAAAUACGAUCUUUAGUUUUAAUUCGGCUGUUGAUUUAUAUUACACACUCUUGUUAUAUUUAUUAAAACUCGUGUACUUUUAGUGUCCUAUUAGGCUAAGCGUGAUAUUGUGAACUGUAACAUAUGGUACAAAAUGGAUUGUUGUUCAUCAAAUACUUAUCUUGUUUAUGGACUGAUAGCUAUACUGAGCUACAUUAUAUAUAAUUACAUUAAGGGAUGGCAGACAGGGUCGAAAUUGCCACCCGGGCCACCUCCUUGUCCUAUAUUUGGAAACAAAAUACUGUUCAAAAAGGAUCCACUGGGAUAUAAACGUUUGACCGAGUUAUCUAAACAAUAUGGAAGUGUUUAUCGUUUAUACUGCGGUUCGACUAUAAUUGUGUUUCUAAACGGAUAUGAUGCGAUACAUGAAGCGUUUGUUAAACAGGCAGCUGUAUUUACAGACCGACCUCAACUGUUUGCUCCACUCAUUGGUGUGUCUAAAGGAACAGGUAUAACAUACAACAGUGACCACAACUGGAAAACUCUACGACGUUUCACCCUUCAGGCAUUGAGGGAUUUUGGAGUGGGGAAGAAAUCUUUGGAGGAACAAAUUGUGGAAGAGGUUGAUGUCGUCUCUGACACUUUAAAGGCCAGCAAUGGGGAACCUAUUCGAGUCAAACCUCUCCUCUUGUCAGCUGCCACCAAUAUUAUUUGUAGUGUCAUGUUUGGAGAGAGGAUGAGUGGCUCUGGUCCAAGAUUUUGUAUUGGAGAGCCCCUUGCAAGAAUGGAACUGUUUUUAUUCUUCGCCAACCUAUUACAACAGUUCUCAUUUACCCCUACAGAUGAGAAUGAUCUCCCUUCACUUGAUGGUAUUCAAGCUUUAACAUUGACUGCCUUGCCUUACCAACUGGUGGCAAAUCCUAGAUAA